AUGGGUUUGGGGCUUCCAAAUGGCCUGUUCUCAAACCUGCAGCAUGUAAGUGCUCUAGAUCGCAGAACCAUCAUCGAGAACAUCCACAGCUUCCCUCCAAGGAAGUUCUGCCAACUGUUUUUCUCCUUAAAGGCGUCAAAUUUCACCGGGAAGCCCGUCUGUGUCGUCAGAGACAAGUUCUCUCUGGCCCCCUUGCCUCAAGCCACACUCUUAUCCCGCUGUCUGAUGGAGAUGCCCACCAUCCCUGUCCCCAUCGGAGACCCGCAGUCCAAUCGGGACCCCUGGCUUCCUUAUGAGGCCUGGAAGAAGGAACUGAAGAACCUGGCUUCUCGGGUGGCCGUCUUCACCGAGAACGAGCUGAAGAGCAAAGAGGAGGAACAGAAGGAGGAGCCUCCGCGGGAGCAGGGAGCAAAAUACUCAGCUGAGACCGGCAGGCUCAUCCCCACUGGCACCAGAGCCACUGGCCACCGUCACUCCCGCCAGGACCCACGGAUUUAUCCCUCUGGUAAAGAUGGAGGAGUCCAGACCUUCAAGCUGCCGGAUCAGGAGCUGCUGAUCCUGGAGCUCCUCUGCCAAAUCCUGCAGACAGACUCCUUGAGCGCUAUCCAGUUCUGGCUACUAUACGCUCCCCCGAAGGAGAAAGAUUUGGCCCUGGGGCUCCUGCAGACAGCGGUGGCGCAGCUCCUUCCUCAGCCCCUAGACUCCAUCCCAGUAGAAAAACUUCUGGAUCAGCUCCAGGAAGGCCAAGAGCCAUCUCAAGAGAGGAAACAGCCACCCUGCAGCCAAUCCUUGAAGAAGACGAAGACACCGCCUCUACCCAAAGGCGACAAACCGGAGUACGUCGGGAAAGCCCAAGUCCUCCGAAUGCACUCAAGCCAGAACGCAGCAGAGAAACCGUCAAAGCCAGAGGCAGAAUGCUGA